AUGCUCAUUCCCAAGGUUAGAUGUCUCUGAAAAUAUUUCCUUAUCUGAAUAAUGCACGCCAGUGAGUAAAAUACAAGAAAAAUAUGAUAUUAUGUAAUCAGGACAGUUUAGAAAAUCGUUAUGGAUAAAAAAAAAGUUCCCGACGUAUGUUGCCGUUCCCUUGAGUGACCACUCUGAAAUUUUCCAUCGCAGCGGAGCGCGUUUCACAAAUUUUUUCUUUUCUUCAUUUAUCUUCAUUAUUUCCUUUUCUUUCCUUUUUUUCCUUGAUGAUGAUGUCUAUGAGCCUCACAGUUAGCUCAUGGCGACUUCUCUGGACGGAACGUCGUUGUUCCCACGCCUAGCCUCAAAGUUUGCAGCUCCGCCUUAUUCGUUUUCGUUUCCUCGGCCUUCAGACAUUUUUCUCUCCCCACCAGUAGGUUUGGAGACUCGUUUCUUCUGCUUCCAGAUAGUUGUUUUUGAGGAUUUUGGGCGUUAUUUUCGGAUUCGGACGCUUGGAAUUGUCGCCACCCCAAACAAUAUAA